AUGGCGACCAUGGUACUGUCCCCCACUUGUGCUCAGUCUUCCCCGUACCCAGCCUCUCACCAGAAAGGAUGCACAGAGGAGGAAGGGUUGGCUAAUGGCUUCCUGACAGAAUGGUUACAGGACUUGGUGAGUUUUGAGGAUGUGACUGUGGAGUUCACCCAGGAAGAGUGGGCACUGCUGGACCCUUCUCAGCGAACACUGUACAGAGAUGUGAUGCUGGAGAACUGCAGGAACCUGGCUUCACUUGGGUAUCAUGUUGAUAAACCCAGUCUGAUCUCCCAGUUGGAGCAAGAAGACAAGGUGAUGGCAGAGGAAACAGGAAUUCUUCCAGGCACCUGUCCAGAUUUGGAGACGGUACUUAAAGCAAAAUGGUUAACUCCUAAGAAGCACGUUUUUAGAAAAGAACAUUCUAAUGGUGUAAAAGUGGUAAGACUAACAUGGUUGAUUGCUGAGAGAAGUCAUCUGGGAGUGAAACUCAAUGAAUGUAAUCAGUGUUUUAAAGUCUUCAGCACAAAAUCUAACCUUACUCAGCACAAAAGAAUUCAUACUGGAGAAAAACCCUAUGACUGUAAUCAGUGUGGCAAAUCCUUCAGCAGUAGAUCCUACCUCACUAUUCAUAAGAGAAUACAUAAUGGGGAGAAGCCCUAUGGAUGCAAUGACUGUGGGAAAGCCUUCAAUGAUCCUUCCUCCCUCAGACUGCAUGUGAGAAUCCACACUGGAGAAAAACCCUACGAAUGUAACCAGUGUUUUCAUGUCUUCCGCACUAGUUGUAACCUCAAAAGCCACAAGAGAAUUCAUACGAGGGAGAAUCACCAUGAAUGUAAUCAGUGUGGCAAGGCCUUCAGCACGAGGUCCUCCCUUACUGGGCACAACAGUAUUCAUACAGGAGAGAAACCUUAUGAGUGCAGUGAUUGUGGGAAAACCUUUAGGAAGAGCUCAUAUCUCACACAGCAUAUGAGAACUCAUACUGGAGAAAAACCCUAUGAGUGUAAUCAGUGUGGAAAAUCCUUUAGCAGUAGCUUUUCUCUUACUGUGCACAAGAGAAUUCAUACCGGUGAGAAACCCUAUGAAUGCAGUAACUGUGGGAAAGCCUUUAAUAAUCUCUCAGCUGUUAAGAAACAUGUAAGAACUCACACUGGAGAAAAACCCUAUGAAUGUAAUCAUUGUGGGAAGUCUUUCACCACUAACUCUUACCUUUCUGUGCACAAGAGAAUCCAUAAUAGGUGGAUAUGA